CUCUGCCGACGGCGGGGAGGACGGUGUGACGGCGCUGGCCAAGAAGAAACGCCCGGCCCCUCCCCGGGCCCGCCAGCCACCCCCUCCUGACACUGCAGGUACCGGGGACGCGGGAGCAUGGGACUCGGGCGAAGGCAACCCGCCCAAACCACACUCUGGGCCCUUCUGCGUCCCGGUGAGCACCCAGGAAGAGGCCCGAGCUGCCUCACCCCCACUGCCCCGCCCCCAACUCCCCCUGCCUCUGUACCCCCAAGGCCCGUGGUGACCGCAUCCCACACGGUCCCCAGGACCCUGAGUCCCAGAACGUGGGCAUGCUCAGACGGCGGGAAGGCCAACACCUGCACCAGCUCUGAGCAGAGAGCCCACCCGGGGACAGGCCCCGGUAGUGAGGAGGGGCGCGAGGGGCCAGCGGGGCCCAGAGUCCUGCUCCAAGCAGUCCCUCCCCCCGGCCAUGCCCUGGGAGACCCUGUUCUCCUCCUGGUUGGCUGUGUGCACCAAGCGAGGCCCUGCCAUCAGUCCCCAUGUUGGACGCUCCAGCAGCUUCCUGACCAAGGUUUCCCGAGGACCACUGCCGACCCUGCAGUCGGCGGGCCGGCCCACGCUGUCGCCCUCCACGGCGGGUAUCCCCGGCUUCUGGCGUUGCUCUUCAAAGUCAGAAACCACACUGCGGGCUGGUCUUCGGGACGCGUCCAGUCUUUAUUCUUCUGGGAAUUUCACGGGCUCCUCUGGCCCACGGUCUCCACACGGCAGCCCUGGGCUUCUCUGUGCAAGUGCAGCCACGGAACUGCUCAACCAUCGGCCUCGCCUGACAGCACCUCGGGGCAGGUAGGUCUGGGGUGGGCGUGGCCAUCUCUGACUCCCUGGCUGCCAGGUCCCCACUCUUUCCCCUCCCGUCUGGCCUCCUCUCCUCGGCUUCCCUCUAGCUUCACUUUACUGCCAAGGUCACGAGGCCUGGGCUGUGGGGGGCAAGUGCCUCCGGCAGAGGAACAACCGUUUCCUAAGGCUACUUUGGGGGCGGGGGGGACGUAGGGCCGCGGCUGGGAGCCCCAUCCCCCCACACCGGCUCCGUGCCUUCUGGUUCUCCCAGGUCCUAGAAUCCAGACUUCCUUCCCGGGGCUGUUCCUUGUCUGGGGCUGGUGUCAGGAGGGUGCCAGCCAUCAGGCCCAGAAGCCACCAGCAGGGACCCAGCAUGCUCCCCUGUCCUUCCUACCAUCUGUCUAUUGUCUGGGAGAUUUCCCGGACUGUCUUCCAGUCUUGCCACUGGACCCUUUCUCUUUACUCUAGGGUUCGAAUUUCUAAAAAUCCUUUUGGUUCUCUUAUCUUUAGGAGAAUAUAAAUUUUUAAGUUUUUUCUCCCGGAAAAGUUUUGCACGCUCAGAGUGGUGUUCACAUUUUUUAAAGGGCUUAAAACAACGAAGAAGAAUUCUGGACGGCAACUCUACGUGCCCCACAAAGGCUACAUUAUCUACCACCUGGCCCUUUACGGAGAAGUCUGUCGCCCCAGGAUCUGCGUCCUCCAACAUCCGGCUCUCGUGCGGGAAGCGAGUGGGUGCUCAGUCUGCCAGGCUGGCUCGUGGUGGGACAGAUGGCCACGUCCUCCAGCCUCUGCCUGGGUGUCACUGACGCCAGCGUUGUCCGGUCAGCCCCCUCUGACAAAGAGCACGGGGCCUCCCGCACGCAGCAGGUUCUCUGUCCUCCCUCAGAAGCCCUCCUUUUCAGGAUGACACUUCUGGUGUCAGGAUGACACCCUGUCUUAAAUGUUCCAGAAGUAAGCACAGGUGUUCGGCCAGCGCAGGGGGAGGGCCGGCCUGGCCAUGCAGGAAGGGGCCGCCGAGAUCCGAAACACACACAGAAACUGCACAGACGUGAAGCACGACAGCCUGCGUUCCCAGCGCAGGGCAAGAGCGGGGAGCGUGUGGCCACGCGAGGAGGCCCCUGCCGGGCAGGCCUGUGCCCCGCUGCAGCCCCACUCGGCCUGCUCUUGUGUUCCAGACCCCGGGAAUCACCACCUGUGCCCCUCUGGGCCCGACUGUGGCUCAGCCUCGUAUUUAACGUUGGCCUGGGCCUGGGCAUUCACGCUGCUGUGUGGAAUUUCGCUGCAAGGAAUUUUCUCGAUUUUUUCAAGAUUUCAAGUAUUUACUAUACGCGGGCCGAAGGCUCGAACUCACAACCCCAGGAUCAAGAGCCACACGCUCCACGGACCCUCAGUCCCCGCCGGCCCUGUUCUCGAGGCUCCACGUCUUCCGUGGGCAGUCACCCCCCCGGCCUCCGCUUUCCGGCCCCCGUGGUGUUUCUCCUUCCCGGGCCUGCUCGGUCCCUGUGGGCUUAUGCUUUGCUUUUGCGGAGUGGUAUUUGGGGAGGAGGCCAAAAGCAUAGGUUCAGGUUGCAAUCUGUAUGUAGAGGUCCCCAUUUUCUGCAUUGUCUCUAGUGAAUUCCUGCUGCGCUUUUAGAAUUAAAAGAACAAAAUCAAGGAACUCAAAA